AUGGCCUACCUUCAGGACGAUCCACCUUUGCCACCGUUAGCUACUCUAUUUCCCUAUCUCGAGCAUGAUCCGGUGGAGCUACCGGCUGGGCUUGACCCUUUCACGGUGACUACCUCAACAGGGUUCUUGCCAUCGCGGUCUCCACUAGUUGACCUCCCUCCCACGUUUGAUGCUCUCUCGCAGAUCGUCAGAGAAAUGCCGGUCACGAAAGAAGAUGGCCACCCUGGCUUGCUUGCAGAGUACAAACUUGGCCCAUUGAUUGACUCUGGUGCCCUCCCGGAUCUUACAGACGCUGUGAGGGAUAUCAUCGCCGCCGAAAAUCCUGACUUGGAGAUCGUUACCGCUCUCUUCCGCGACUACAGCUUUCUGGCAUCAUCUUUUCUUCUCGAACCCUGCUGGGAGACCUGGAGUAAGAAUCACACUGCUGGCUACGGGCUUGGUCGACAGACGCUUCCCCGCUGCAUUGCUGGUCCCUUGAUGCGUACCGCCGAAGUGCUGGACAUUCCUGCCUUUAUGAGCUACGCAGCCAGCUAUGCUCUCUAUAACUACAAGCUCGUGGACCCCAAGCUCGGCACGUCUGUCUACUCCAACCUGCGCCUGAUACGUGGAUUCGAGAAUGGCCUGGAUCCCACUUCAUCCGAAGCCGGCUUCAUCCUGACGCACAUUCACAUGGUACAAGAGACAGGUCCACUCGUUGACGGUGCUGUGUCUCUGCUCAAGGCAGUCGAGGCCGACGACGUCAGCGCUGGAAAAGCUAGUCUUCAAACCAUGCUCAAAGCCAUGCAUCGCAUCGAGGUAUCAAUGGAAAACAUGUGGUCGCAUUCACUUCCAAAGGACUACAUCAGCUACCGUACCUUCAUCUUCGGCAUCACCAAUCAGAGCAUGUUCCCCAACGGCGUGGUUUACGAGGGCGAAAACAACGGCAAGCCACUUUUCUUCCGUGGUGAGUCUGGCGCCAACGACUCUAUCAUCCCGCUGCUUGACCAUCUAUGCGAGAUCCCUAUGCCCAAGAACCCGCUCAUGGAUAUCCUGGUUGACUUCCGGAACUAUCGGCCUAAGCCACAUCGCACCUUCCUUGCGUAUGUCAUGAGCAAGGCAGCAGAGCUAGGGGUGCGGGCGUUCUGCGUGAAAGAUAUGCAGCUCGCCCAGCUGUAUUUGAAGCUGCUGGAUCAUGUGCGCAGCUUCCGGUGGCGGCACUGGCUGUUUGCGAGAGAGUACAUCAUUAAGAGAACAAGCCAUCCAACAGCAACGGGUGGUAGCCCGAUUGUGACGUGGUUGCCGAACCAGCUGAUGGCGGUAAUGGAUUUGAUGGAGAGCGUGUACAGGGACAGUGGGCUUGAAGAUAAGGCGAGAGCAGGAGACUCGGAGGAGUGGAAGUUCGUAAAGGGUCUGAUGGCGAAUGUCGAGGAGCAGCACGUGAAAUUGGAUCGGGAGGUGAAGAAGUACUGUGAGGAGAGGGGCGUCUGA